AUGGCUAGUAACUUCGACGUCCCUCCUGGCAAUGUUCUGACACACCUUGAGCCCUUUACUCUUCAUGUGUCUGAAGAAGAGUUGGAACACUUCAAGAAACUUCUUGAAAUGUCGAACAUUGGACCUACUACAUGGUGGAACCAACAAGAUGACUCUCGUUUUGGCGUCUCUCGUGAGUGGCUGUUGAAGGCCAAAGACAUCUGGCUUUCUACCUUUGAUUGGCGCAAGCACGAGGUCUAUAUCAAUAAUUUCCCAAAUUUCAAAGUCACCAUCAAGGAGACUGAUUCCUGUCAAAUCGAUGUUCAUUUCGCUGCCUUAUUUUCGAAAAGAAAAGAUGCUAUCCCUAUCGUCUUUCUUCACGGCUUUCCUUCCUCCUUUAUGGAUUUUCUUCCAAUGAUGGACCUGCUGAGGAACAAAUAUACACCGGAGAGUCUACCCUACCACAUCAUAGCGCCUUCUCUUCCUGACUAUGGAUUGUCUGGAAGCUUGAGUCAGAACUUGGAAAUGACUCUAGAGCGAGCUGCGAGCAUUAUGAAUGGCUUAAUGAUUGCACUUGGAUUCGAGAAAGGAUAUGUCGCUCAAGGCGGGGACCUUGGUAGCAUGAUUGCGCGCCUCAUGUCCGUCAACCACAAGGAGUGUAAAGCUUUCCACGUCAACAUGCUCACGCUAGAACCCGGAAGUGCGCCCCCUUCUACCGACUGCUUAGCCCCGGAAGAUCUACGCAUCCUUGAGAGGACUUUGAAAUGGCAACAAGACGGGUUGGCAUAUGCUCUUGAACAUGGCACUCGUCCUGCCACUGUCGGUUUGGCCAUCUCGUCUAGCCCACUUUCCCUGCUUGCUUGGCUUGGGGAGAAGCUUCUUGAAUGGACAGACCCUCGGGAGCAGCUCCCUCUUGAUACCAUUCUUGGGCUAAUAAGUUUCUAUUGGUUUACCCAGACUUUUCCCCGGAGUUUGUAUCAUGCAAACCUCGUGAAAAAUUACUCUGUGGGCAUUCCGCAUCCGAUUUCAACAGAGAAGCCUCUGGGGUAUUCAAUGUUUGCAUACGAUCUUGCUGUGUUACCCAAACCUUGGGUUCAAGAGAUAUACCCUAAUCUAGCAUUCUUUAAUGCCCAUUCAAAGGGAGGCCAUUUUGCUAGUCUGGAGCGACCAAGUGAAUUUUUAGAAGACAUUGAGCGCUUUCUGCAGGCUGUCAACAGAUUAUUUGAAGUGGAAUAG